UCUCCUCCUCCGCCUCUGCUUCCCCGUCUUCUCUUCUGCUUCCCUUCCUCCCCCUCUUCCUCUCUUCUUCUUCUCCAAUUCCCUCUUCCUCAACUAUCCACAGUCAGAUCCCUCCUCUGGCUACGACGGGGCCCUCCAAUGGCUGACGCGCGCCUGCUCGAACCCGCGUCCAUCGUCGUCCCCGACUUUGCAGACUUCCCUUCCUACUCCGCCGGCCCCGCCCUCCAUCACCAGCAGCAGCAGCAUCAGCCCUCGUCCACUCCCGCCACCUCCUCUCCUGGCCUCCAACCCCCCGCCGUCAUCACCGAGUCCCCUCCUCGUCCUGCCUCGGCCGCCCUGCCUGCUUCCCUCCACUCCCCUACCAGACCCGCCUCCGCCCACUACUCCCAGGAGCACUCCACCUCGCCCCACUCCUCCUCCCCCCUCCGCCGCCAUGCAUCCCUCUCCAGACCGCAGAUCCCGCGAUCCGUCUCUCUCGCGUCCUCCUCUCUCCGCAGAUCACACACAACCGCCUCCGCCUCCCCUGCCCUUCCGCAGACACCCCCUCGCCAGCUCCAUCAUCUCCAACAGCCGCACCAGCCUCCUGCUUCCAACGAGCCCAUAACUCCGGCUGAGUACUCCCUACACAUCAUCUUCACUCAGUUUGUUCGCCAAGCAGAAAAGAAGCUCAACCUGUGCCUCAGUUACUCCUCCGAGGAGGAACCCCCAAUUACAACCCUCCUCGCUGCCGGCGCUGAUCCCGUCUUUGACAAAAUCCUCGAAUCCCUCGGCUACAUCUCCCGCCAAAAACCUCGUCCAGUCAUCGACGCUGUCAUGUUCUGGCGCAAAUCAAAGUCUGAAGCUGCCACCGCCGCCGCCCGAGAACGCAACGGCCCUCAAAAUUCCUUCCCCUUCAACCACAAUAACACCAGCAGCCAGUCUUCCCAGCCGCAGCCACAGCAACCACAGCAACAGCAGAAAUCAACUCUUGUCGUCUCCGGUCAGCAGCAGAUCAGAAGCCUUCGCCACAAAGUCAGCAAGAGUCUCUCCGAUCGCUCUCCAAUCGGCAACAGACACGGCAAAUUCAGUCCCAAUAAUGGUCCGCAGAGUCCCAGCAGUAAUGCCUCUGCUGCCAAUGGCAAUCAUCAACACAACUCCUCUUCACUAGGCUAUUUUGGUAUUCACCGACACCAAAGUUCCUCUGCAGCCACGCAAUCAAACACUCAGCAGGGUUCCAGACCGGACAGCGCUCAGCAGGCUGAUCGCAAAAGUCUCAUCUCGAUCUACAUCCUCUGUCGCGUCCUGAUCGAGGUCGUCAAACAGACAUCAUCCUCCGUUCUUGGCGAGGAAAUGGGCGACAAACUCGAAGAAAUCGUGUUUCGCCAGAUCAAAGCUAGCGACCCGAACCUAGUAGCAGCAAGCCCGAUCCGACUCGCCAAUUGGAGACUGUUUGCCGAACUUCUUGGUGAAAUGUCGCGUAUGAGAUUUACCAGCGUCAGCGACCGUUUUAUCGCCGAGCUAGAGAAAACCGCUGGCGACCAGGGACUUUCAAAAGAGCAAGAGCAAAAUAUUCAAGUCGUCAUCCAUGGAAUGGAGUACCUUCAGCUGAAGGUCUACCCUCUGGAGCUCUUUGAAGAUUCAGCCGACUUUAUACACUCCCUCUGCAAGUUCUUCGUCAAGUCGCACGGGCAACGAGUCAAGCAUGCCUACUGCGAGAUACUCAACACUCUGCUGCUAUCAAUAGCCGGUGUUAUCACCGCUGAGGUCAAUCAUCCGACCUGGGUCAAAACAAUCGAUCUCGUCUAUCCAAAAGUUCUCGCCAUGAUGUCAAAACAACGCUACUGGGCCGAUGCCUUCCAACUCGCCUGCACGAUCCUCUGCGUCGCUCCUACUCAGUUCUUCGCCGACAACUGGAUACCGCUAGUAGAGGCAAACUUUCAGAAGCUCAAAGACGCAAAGAGCAGAGUGGCAGUCAUCAUCGGUAUCUCGCGUCUGAUCUGGGUGUAUCUUCGGAGAUGUUCAGAGUCAUACAGUACAAUCGAAAAGCGCUUGGAUGGUUUUGCCAAAGUUCUCUUCCCGGCAGGCAACAAAAAGCCUUGGCUGACUGCCGACCGCAGCUUGAUCGAUGCUUGCGUUCAAAUGAUCCGUUUUAUUGGAUGGAGUCAGCCGGACUACUGCAUCAAAAACCUCAUUUAUCCUCUGAUGAGCAGCGACACGCUCACCCGCAUGGGCGACAACAAUCUCUCCGUUGAUUCUCUUGCGCCUGAACAUAUGCAUGUAGCCAUCCGGGCGUUUAUCUCGAUCCUGCUUGACGCAGCAGACAACACUCCCCCGCCUUUCUACUCGCCUGAUCCACCGCUCAAGCAGGGCAGUGUUGUUAUCGGCGAGCGGUCCCUGCAAGAGCAACCCGUUAUGACUGAGCCGCCACCAGUAUUGCGAGAUCACUACGCUCAGUUUUCACGACUGCUCGGGAAGAUCUUGCUAAUCUGCGAUUCUCAUUUUGGUGGGCAGGUCGUCUUGGACGAGAAGAUGGGCAAGAUAACCCCAAAGACUCCUUCUUCGUUUAACUUUGCCCAGUCCGGCGGUAACUUUGGAUCUGCUCUUGGCGGAUCGAGCGGCAAUAGCAACAGUCAGACUAGCAAUGAAGUCCUGCAUGCAAACUACGAGCUCUUGCUGACAGUGUAUGAAGCUAUCCCACUUUGCAUCCCCCAGAAUGUGAGCUUUGGACGCAUUGUUGAGAUUCUUUGCAAGGGGACUGCACAUCCCGAUCCUCGCCUGGCAGCAGCCGCAGCGAACUCGCUCAAAAGUCUAGCCAGAAGCGGCCAACAUUCGCAGCAGACAAUCGUCACUGGCUUUGCUCGGUUCAUCUUCAACUACGAAGAGCGCUAUUCGGCAUACUCAGAGAGCUCAAUGCUGGAUUCGUCGAGCAACGUCGAAAACACCUUGAAGAUCUACGUUCAGCUCUUGAGUAUCUGGAUCAACGUCAUCAGGCAGAAGACCGCUGCUUACCGCGAAGCAACUGCGGCUAAUAACGGGAACAGCACCAAUGGUCUUAAUGGCGCUACUCCUGCUGCACUGGUGGUCACUCCUAUCUCUACCGACUCUUCGAGCAGAGGCGAAGAAAUGGAGACAACAUCGGUCUGGAGCGUUAUUGAGGAAGUCGAGAGUAACGGCCUCUUCUUUCUCUGCAGCCAGAGCCGAACAGUGCGAUGCUAUGCGAUUGCAGUCUUACGAUUGAUCCGGGAAUUCGACGUUGCUUUAGAGGAGCAGGUCGAAGUACUAAAAAUGCAAUCUAAGAAUCAGGGGCCGAGCCAUAAUGGCUUCAGCCGCAUUAUUGAGAUUUUGGAAGCGACAGAUGGGCCUGAAGCCUUAAACACUGAUGCCCUCGAGCCGAGCAUUGUUGAGGCUAUGUCUACUGCUGAGCGAAUGCGCCUCUCUCAACUUCAACUGGAAGGCAAAGAGCUCUCGCACCAUGGCAUUCUAGUUCGGCUGGCUCAAUCCGACUCUGGAGUGGAUUCUGCGUUAUGGCUACGACUGUUUCCAAAAUUCCUCGAGCUGUGUCUGUCGCGCUUCCCCAUGCCGGUCGCUUUGUGUCGCGAUAGUGUGUGUAGCAGACUUAUCUACUUGCACAAGCCGCUGAUGGACUCGAUUGAAGCGCACAGCAAAUCUCCUAGCUCUUCAGAUGCUCACUGGAAGCACAAUGCUCGUACUCAUCCGAAAGUGCUGAUCGAGCAGUGGAAACUAUACAUGAUCGUCGCAUGCUCAACGUUAACGGCUACUGAUGACCAGGAGGCGAAGCCGGUUGAGAAGAGUGCUGCAUCGUCAUUUGCGAAGCGGAAGGGUCCUCCGCAGCUGACUGUUCCGUACAAAAGGAUUACGUCCGCAAAAGUUUUGUUCCGGAUGGUGAUUCCACUCUUGCAGACUGAUUAUGCUUUAGUGAGAGAGGCUGUGAUUGCAGGACUGGAAUGUAUCAACAUCAAUCUCUACAAGAGUCUGAUCGAGGCUAUUCAGCCAAUGGUCAGUGCUAUGGGCGACCGCCGGUCACAGAAUGGGAGCGGGAUGACCGGAGGGUUUUCUAAUGGCAAUUCAGCAAAUCACAACCAACACGGAAACGGGUCUAAUGCUCCCUCGUCACCUUCGUCCGGACUGCUGUGGCGCAAAACUCGAAAGCAUGAUUGGAUGCGGAUCGAGAUCACCCAUUUGCUACAGCUGACGUCGCAUUUCAUCAAGGAGCCGAUCAUCUACAACGAUCCAUGGAUCCUUGAGCAGCACAUCUCGUUUGUGCGGGACACCAAGAACUUCCUGUGUCAACCUGAGAUUGCUAGCGACUGGGGCUAUCAGAAGCUUCGAAGAUAUUUCUGCGGGUUUAUGCAGACUCUGUACGAGGGUAUCAAAUUAACCGAGGAUUCGAAUCGAUGGCUUCCGUUCGAAGCCCGUGUCUCACUGUUUAAGAUGAUUGAGGAGUGGUGUGGUUAUGGACAAUACGCCGAUAUCGCACACGACAGAAACGAGAAGAUGCGGCGUGCCGCUAUUGAGCAGUCACGCGACACCGCCGAGCAAGGUGUCUUGAUGGCCUCGUUUGAGGUUGAGAAGGGACAGCUAGAGCUUGCUACUUUGAGUGCGAUGGCGUCUCUUCUCGACGGGCCUCUGACUGAGACUAUCGAGAGCCAUGGUGCGCAGGCUGCUGUGAUGUCUUUUGACGUCCCGGCGAUCUUCCAGUGGGCCAAUGCAGUUUUCGACGCAAACACAGAUCGCAUGCACACUAUCGGUCGUCGGGCAAUAGUGAACAUGCUACGGUCGAACAAAGGACACGCUGAUCUUUUGGCUCGGACAAUCACAUACUGUUACCACAGCGAGUCCGGACCUCGUGCGAGCGAGAGCUAUUUCUAUGUGCUUGCUGACGUUCUUAUCAACGAUAAUGAAUAUCCGUGCGACAUGCGUCAGCCUAUUGCCCUGGGACUCUUCAAGAUUGGAGACGAGAGGUCGCAAGUACGCGUGAAAGCCGCUGCUCUUCUGAAAGCGGUCGAGCUGCGAUUUUUUGGCAAGUCGAAAGUCCAGGACUAUGAGAUCAGUAUCUCUGAUCGAACUACGGCGGUCUACAAGCGAGCGCAGUUCAACUUGUCGAAUCAAUUCUCGCUGGAGUACGACGACUUGAAGUAUACCAUAUUUUCGGAACUGUCGAUGUAUUUCCACAUUGUGUCCCCCCAUAUGCGCCGGGACAUUCUUGCGAUUAUGAUACCGUGGAUCUCGAACAUGGAACUUCAGCUUGAGCCUAACGGCAAAAAUCCUUCUCCUUCGGCAUACAUGGUCAUGACGAACCUCUUUGAGAUCACGAUCCGAUUCAGUAACGAGAUUCAAAAUGAAGUCGAAGCCUUGUGGGUGACGCUUGCCUCGAAUCGACACAUGGGCAAUGUUCGCGCAAUUCUGGAUUAUUUGAUCAACAUGGGUGUCGAACGACGGGACCCUGCGUUUGUGGAAUAUAGCAAGCAGAUUGUUGUAUACAUCGCAAGCACACCGGCUGGAUCGAAGCUCGUCGAGGCUUUGGUUGCGUAUAUCCAGCCUACGAGUAUGCUCCAUACUUCGGGAGAGGCUAAGGAGUAUAAUGGGAUUCACGAGUUGUUUCCAUACACUGCUGAUUUGACUUUGGUUUUGCCUCCGGCCGUUGAGCCUGUUGGAUUUUCGAUCGGUCAGCUGGCGAUGAUCUUGCUGGUUGAUUUGUUUGUGAGUCCGGUGACUGCGAUGUCGGCAAAUCUGGCUUUACUUAUGCAAGUUGUGUUUGUGCUGUUUGAUCACUACAAUCAGCUUGUUCACGAGCAAGCUCGUGAGCUACUUGUGCAUUUGAUCCACGAGAUCUCGCUAUCGAAUGAAACUGAGAUUGGGGGAACAAAGUACAAAACGGCUGCCGAGAUUAUCGAUCUGAUUCGAAAACGAGACCUACAAACAACUUGGUCUUAUGACGAUCUGUACAUGGACGAGGCUGCGAUGCGAAAGCCGAAGCACAUGGACGGCAUGAUUCAGAAGGUUCUGCUGAUUUUCGAGGAAAAGUACCCGAAACUGAAGGACGAAUGGAGUCGAAUUGCGUUGACAUGGGCUACGACGUGUCCAGUCCGCCAUUUUGCCUGCAGGUCGUUCCAGAUCUUCCGGUCGACAUUUGUGUCGAUUGACCAGAGCAUGCUUGCGGAUAUGCUUGUACGCCUAUCAAACACCAUCGCCGAUCCGAAUCCGGAUAUUCAGAACUUUGCGAUGCAGAUCUUAAUGACUCUCAAUCGGAUUGUUGAGAGCUGCGACUCGGUCGAGCUGAUGGAUCAUCCGCAAGUUUUCUGGGCUACGGUCGCGAGUAUGCAGACUGUGAACCAGAGCGAGUUUAUUGAGGGAGUGACUAUUUUGAACAACCUUCUCGACAAAGUCUCGCUGAAUGAUCCUGAGGUGGUAAGCAAGUUCAUUAGCGCAUUUCCUCAGAAGUGGGAAGGAGGAAAGUUUGAUGGACUGCAGCAGACGCUACUACCUGGAGUGCGGUCGAGGAAAUCAUAUGAUGUGACGAUGACUGUGCUUGAUCGGCUUAAUCUUCUAGAGUCGAACGAGUUGGUUGGUGACGAGAGUCGGCUGUUUUACGCGACACUUUGCAACCUGCCGCGAUUCGCCCAUGCGCUUGAGAUUGGGAUAAUUCCGCCGGCGUUUAUUGUUUCUGCGGAGAAGCUUGCGCAGAUGGCGGAGCUAGAAUCGAUGCCGUCGCUGGCGCGGAUUUUGAACUCGUUUGCGAAAGGAAGAUUUAGAGCCAAGACGGAUUUCGUGAAGCAGAUUGUGCACUCGUUCCAGUCGACGGUGUUUCAGAAGAACGAGUCGAAUAUCAUGGUUUUCUUCCUUGGCAUUCUGUCGAACGAUAUCCCGUACGUGCGCCUGGAGGCGAUGGAGUUCUUGAAGUAUCUGUUCCCACUGAUCGACAUGCGUCGCGAAGAGUUUGUUGCUAUCGGCGCAGACUUGAUCUCGCCCUUGCUUAGAUUGCUACAGACCGAGUAUGCUGAGCAAGCCCUGCAAGUUCUCGACGAGGCUACGUAUAUUCCUGGUACACACAUGGAUCGACGCGUGCUGAGGGCAUCUCUGGGCGGUCGGUCGAUGAUGAAUCGUCGGGAGGACAUCGAGAGCACGGCGACUACGUUUGGAAUUCCGGACGAGACAGGGUGGGCGGUUGCCAUGCCUGCCGUGCGAGCUUCGGUUGCGCGCAGCAACGUGCACGCGGUGUUUUACUCUUGCGAGGUCGCGAAUAUGGAGUACCACUCGUUGAAUCCAGAUACGGUGGUCGAGUUUUCGAGAGACGAGUUCAGGUCAUAUUCUGGUGGCUUCUAUCGCCCGGUGGACACAUUCAGUCUCACUGGAAGGCCGUCUGUCCACCCGGUCCAAGGAGUCGAUCUUCAGCAGCAGCAGAUGCAGCAGCUCCAGUUCCAGCGCAGCAACUCGCAGUUCAGAUACAAUCACAGUCAGCUGGCGUCCGGAAUGGCCGACGGCGGAUAUUUCGGAGGUGCGUUUGGUAUGGCGCUUACAAGAUCUUCGUCGUCCGCGACCGCGAGCGCGAUUCUUGCCCGCAGCGGCGCGGCGGCAGCUAAUAACUUCCGCACGCCGCGGUCCAGCGCCGCGAAGAUGUCGCCGACCGCGUACUUUGGCGGAUCGCCCGAUAGCUUUGGCGGCGGCAGCGGCGGGCUGGGAGUUGGCGUUGGUGCAGGUGCCGGCGUCGGACCCGGGGGUAUGAUGAUGACCGGCCAGAUGCAGUCAUCGAGUGGGGCAUUGGAGAGGAGCGAUACGAUGACUUCGUAUGCGGUUGGCGAUGAUACAGAUGGAUCUGUGAACCAUCUCGUUGCUGCGCUCGAUAAUCUGACGUCGUUCUUUGCGGAGGAGCCUACUGCGUAUACGACUGCUUUGGAGUGAGCGAGUUGUUACUUGAGAAAUAAAUUUGUAUAUAUAAGAUAUGGGAUGAAUGAUUUAAAAUUACAUAAAAUGAACAGGGUAUAUUGUUAUGAGUGUUUUUUUAUGUUUUGCUAGGAUGGGAUCUGUUUUGUUUUGAUUUGUUGGUCGUAAGGGAAAAUGUGAGGUUAUGUUUGUGUUGUGGGUUUAUGUGGACAAUUCAUGUAACUUUCUUAUGACUGUCAAGAGUGCAGGAUUAAUGAAGAGUUUCUAGACUUUAAAGAGUAUUAUUGAAGGUUUAUAGCAAUGUUUAUAAACGGAUAGAGAAGAUUUGAAUAAAUUGAAAGAGAA